CUGUUUCCUCCCGGCAACUUUUUCUGGAAACUCUGCAACUUCUGGGACUCCUGAAGCCUCUGCACUCCUGUAGUAUCUGAAGCCUCCACAACAUUUGCGAAUUCUGCAACCAUGUGGUCGCUUAAGGUGGUCGUCGCUGUGAUGGUUCUGCAGUUGCUCUGUGCCUGUCACGGGAGCGCCGGCCAUUACGGUGGUGGUUAUGGCGGCCACACGCUCGUUGUGAGGAGGGGUUACGGUGGCGGGUAUGGAGGGUAUGGCGGCAUCGGAGGUCUUGGCGUAUUCGGCGGCAAUGGCGGUUUCGGCGGGUAUGGUGGCUAUGGCGGUCUUUAUGGUGGUGGUUAUGGUGGCCUCGGAGGCUAUGGCGGUUAUGGCCUCGGAGGCUAUGGCGGUUAUGGCGUCGGAUAUGGAUGGUGAGACCCACGUUCACUGCUGCAGUUGCGGAUGACGGAAGGGAGAGGCAAAUAAACAGUUCGAGA